AUGUCGGGGCAGGAAGAUUCUGUGGAGCAGAUCAGAAGAGACCGAGACGAGUACAAGGAGUCACUUGACCGCGAAUACGACCGAUACGGCAAUCUCGAGACGCAGCACGAGCGACUCAAGGAACAACUCGCAAAGUCUAACAACGACCUCGCCGACCUACGGCGCCAGCGCGACAACACCAAUUUUCAGCUUACGCAAAGCACUGCGGAGCUUGCGCAAGAGCAGGAGAAGAUCCACAACCUCGAGACGCGCAACGCAAAACUUGCCCAAGAGCUCCAGAAGACCGAAAACACCCUCGAAGAUGCUCGCAAGCAGAUCGAGAACCUCCACGCCGACGUCGAACAAGCGCAACAAAAUGUCAGAGCCGCCUUCACCGAGCGCGACAAUGCCUUAGUGCAACUCGAAGACGUAGACUUGCAGUUCAAGGACUUACGGGAGCAAUGGCAAGAGGCGCAAGCAACAAUCGACGAGCUAAAGGACACACUCCAAGAGCACAUCAAUUUUGAGGAGAAGAACAACCUCCAGGGCGACAUCGCCGAAGCCACCGCCGAACACGAGCGGGCUCUACGCGUCAUCGAGGUCAAGGACGAGCGCAUCAGCCACCUCGAGGCGCUGUUGCAGAAGGAGAUUGAGCGCAACCGCCACGAACUCGACGAGAAGGCUCGAGCCGCGGCUGCUUCGCCAGUCGACGAUGAACGUCAUAUCGGCAGCAUGGCGGGUACCCUUGAAGAAGAGCUCGACCAGUCCGGGAUUGACGACAGUGAUUGGAUCGCAGCCGAUGCCAGCGACUACGAGCCCGAAUUUGUGCCAUUGUCUGCCUCCGACAUUCACGUAGCUGCCAGCGUCACGCCCAGCAAUCCGUCGCCAGCACCGCUGUCCACCAGUCCCGUCCACCAGGCCGCCAGCACCGUGCCCGAGACUGCGAAGUCGCCCAUACAAACCAUCGAGGUCAGCGAAGCUGCCAGCACCGAGCCCGAGACCGCGAGGUCGCCCACACAAACGAUUGAGGUGCGCGAAGCCGCCAGCAGCCCGCCUGCCGAGCCAGCGCGCAUUCCGCUCUCUUUCUACAACGUGCGCGACAUCUUCAGCUGUACCCCCGAGCAGCCUGUUGGUGCGGUCUUGACCACCAGCAGGCCGACUGCCAUCAGCACCCAGCCCAUCGAGCCCGCUCGCAUUCCGUACUCCUUCGACGACGUGCGCGAUGUCUUCAGCUAUACGCCUAUGGAGCCUGCUGGUUCGCCCUUAGCCCUCAGCCCCCAGAACACCACCAGCACCGAGCCCAUCGAGCUUGUGCGCCCUGCGCUCUCCUUCCAGGACGUUCACAAGAUUGCUAGCACUGAGCCUAUGGACGUCGCUAGCGCUGGGCUCUCGUUAUACGGCGUACGCGACAUCGCCAGCUAUGCGCCCGUAGUGCCUGCUGAAGCGCGAUUGGCCAUGUACGAGGAAGAGACUGUCAACCUUUCACCUCACAGUCCUGUGUUUGUUGCCUCUACGCUUGUUGGGUACGAGAUCGCCAGCUUUGUGCCGAGUGAACCCAUGGUUCCUAUGCUCGCGCUGAGCCCAACUGGAUCUGUCAGUACGAGUCCAGUUGCGCGUCAGAACUCCACCGCAGAGCUCUCCACUCAAACUGACGCACCCGCAACCACCACUGAGCUCUCCACGCAGACUGACAUGCCUGCCACCACCACCGAUUUCUCUGCCCAGACCGAUGCGCCUGUACUCACGAGCCAACUCCUUCCUCAGGCGGCUCUCGAGACGGUGCCCACCGAACCCAACACCCAGGUUGCGAUCGCCAAGCCUACCAACCGCAUCGCUCCCGUCAUGGUCACCCGCGAAGUCAAGCCCAUCGAGCAGGCACCUCUUCAGCUCGAGCUGAUGCAUCCCAUUGCAAUUUCGUCCAAGAAGACUGGAUUCAUAGGUUGGAUCCCCUACUUGGUCGGGAUCCUUAUGGCGGUCUACAUACUCAUCAAAGAGGCCGAGAUAGCUGCGUGGAAGAACGCGAACGGUGUCGGUUUCGGUGGUGGUUACGGAAACGUGGCUAGUCGCAGUGGAGCUUAUGGCAAUGGUCGCCACCUCUUCGGCAUCAUCCCCAUCGGUAUGGACAUUGGCAAUUCGUGGGCGUCCGAACAGAUUGCGCGACGCAUGUCUGCGGCCAUCUCACUCCUCGAGGACUUGGUUGGCCUCACGAACGAGCCUCAUUACUGA